CUAUAGUAGCAAUUGGCAUAUUUUGAACUUACAUGUUUAUAACCUUAUAUUUGUAUUGUUAAUAACGUUAAAAUGGGUGAUGUUUCUGAUUUGUUGGAUUUAUUACCAGUUUAUUAUUCGAGAUUGUUUCCUUUUGCCGACUAUCAUAGAUGGUUAAGUUAUGGAAAUGCGGUAACUUUUAGCAAGAGAGAAUUCUCAUUUACUCUCUCAAAUGAUAUUUAUAUACGUUAUCAAUCUUUCAACGACCAAAAAGGAUUGUCAGAUGAAAUUAAAAGAGUGCUACCACAUAAAAUAGAUAUAGGAGCAGUUUAUAAUGUCCAGCCGAAAAAUCAAAGAAGAAGUCCUAAUUUUCAGCCAGUAGAGAGAGAAUUGGUAUUUGAUAUAGAUAUGACAGAUUAUGACGAAGUAAGAACAUGUUGCAAAGGGGCAGACAUUUGUGGCAAGUGUUGGAAAUUCAUGUCACUUGCCUGUAAGAUAUUGGACAGUGCGCUAAGAUUGGAUUUUGGAUAUAAACAUCUUUUAUGGGUAUUCUCUGGCAGAAGAGGUAUUCACUGUUGGGUAUGUGACCCUGCAGCACGCUCUUUAUCAGGGCAAGUACGAGCAGCAGUUGCCGAAUAUUUACAAAUCAUAGGCGGAGGUGAAUUCAUGAAAAAGAAAGUACAUCUUACCGGCGAUAAAAUUCAUCAUUCUAUUAAGCGUGCUCUCGAUAUAAUCGAUCCUGUUUUUGUCGAAAUGUGCGUGAAAGAGCAGAAUAUGUUAGGCACGGAAGAAGGAAUCGAAAAGUUUCUGCCAAUACUACCUAAUGACGAAGACAGACAAGAAAUGAAGGUAUUGUUCGAUAAAGAAAGUACCAGCGAAGAAAGGUGGAAUGCAUUUUUACAAUAUGUUGCAUCUAAACGAACGGGGGGGGACCGAAAAUGGUAUUUAUACCGACAUUUAAUCGAGGAGAUAAAAUUGCAGUACUCAUAUCCGAGAUUAGACAUAAAUGUUAGUAAAGGCUUAAAUCACUUGUUAAAAUCUCCUUUUUGCAUCCAUCCAAAGACUGGUAAAAUUUGUAUACCAUUCAAUGCGAGUGCAGUAGAUAAAUUUCAUCCUGACAAGGUCCCUACAAUAAUGACACUAAUAGAAGAAAUUAAUGCGUAUGACGUGAAGGAUAAGGCUGAAGAAGAAACAUAUGAGUUAAAUAAAAAACGAAUUAAAGAUUACAAGAAAACGAGCUUGAAUAAGUCGCUGCAUGUUUUCCAAGAAUUUUUACGACAUUUAGAAGCUGAGCGACGGGAACAACGAUUAAAAGGAAAAAUUUCAGCCGACAGUAUGGAAUUUUAAGAGAUCUUAUAAUAAUAUAAGAAAUUAC